AUGGAAGGCGCAGCAGCAGGAGGAGGUUCGUCGUUGGUGUUCCGCGGGUGCCAUCUGCCGCCGGGCUUCCGAUUCCAGCCCACAGACCAAGAGAUCAUCGUCUGCUACCUGAAGAAGAAGAUCGCCGGCACCGCCACCUCCGUCACCUCCAUCAUCGCCGACGUUGACAUCUACAAGUUCGACCCAUGGGAUCUCCCUGACAAGGCCAUGUUCGGCGAGGGCGAGUGGUUCUUCUUCAGCCCUCGUGACCGCAAGUACCCCAACGGUGCCCGCCCCAACCGCACGGCGGGCUCCGGCUACUGGAAGGCCACCGGCGCCGACAAGCCCAUCCUGGCGGCCGGCGGCGCGCACUGCCUGGGCGUCAAGAAGGCGCUCGUCUUCUACCAGGGGCGCUCCCCGAAGGGAAGCAAGACGGAGUGGGUCAUGCACGAGUACCGACUCCUCGACACCGACGCCGCCGCGGUGCUCGCCAGGCCCACCGCCGCCAAUUCCAUGAGGCUUGACGACUGGGUCCUCUGCCGCGUCCGCAAGAAGGGCGUCUCCUUGGGCCCCGCGGACAUGGACGACACCUCCGAGGGAAUAACAACGACGACGACCCGCGCAGCCGUUCCGGCCAACGACACCGACUACCACCACGCCGAGAUGGAGAUGGCCGCAGCAACUCAGCGGGAGGUACUGCGACAUCAUCAGGUGCCCGACGCCGGGACCGGCGGCGCCUUUGGCGACGUCGUCAUCGACUGGAACAAAAACGACGACGACGGAGGAGACGCCAGCGGCGGGCUCAGCGGGUCCCCGUCCGCCCACCAUAUGCAUCAUGAUCAGGGGCACGGCCACGGCGGCAUGGUGCCCGUGCCCGGCGCCGCCAGCGCCGCACCGCCGCACACCCAGCAUCACCAUGGCCUGGUCUCCGUGCUGGAGUCCAUCAAGAGGAACCUGUCGUUCCAGGCCAUCGACGAGCUUUACCUCCUCCAGCCCAGCGCCAAGCGUGCCAACUACAUGACGACGAUGCUCAGCAGGGGCGACGACGACGACGAUCACCAACACAGCAUAUCGUCACCCACAUGUUUCUCCAUAUCCGACACCGACGAGGUGUUCUAG